AUGAAGAUCACACUAGUAGCCCUCGCUGGCGUCAGUUUGGUGGCAGCCCAGUUUGAUGGCUUACCUCAGUGCGCGCAAGGAUGCGUAACCAAAUUCACUUCCGGAAGCAACAUCGGCGGCUGCCCCCAGAUCGACGCCAAAUGCAUUUGCUCUCAGCAGACGUUUCUGAGCGACAUCGCAUGCUGCUUGGCCUCGGUCUGCAACGCUGCUGACCAGCAGGCCGCAGUAGACUUCGCCAUCAAGUUCUGCAGCACACAAGGCGUCCAGGUCCCUACCGCCGUCAGCUGUUCGACAACGGCCACCAGCACCGCCACCGGCUCCGGCACCGGCGCUUCUACAGUUCCUGCCAUUACUGCUGGCGGCAACAGCACCGCGACCACUUCCUCCGCAGCAUCAUCCUCAUCAUCAACGACGUCAGCUAGCCCGAACGCCGGCAAUGCCGGUGCAGUGGGAACGGCGGGUGUAUUCGGCGGACUCCUUGCGGCUCUUGCACUCAUCUAG